CGGGGCAGCCUUUGUCCCAGGAGCGGACUGCAGCUCCAGGUACGCGCUGACUCCGGGGCCGGAGCGGCGGCCUGAGCCGCGGGGAUUGGAGGAGGAAUGGACUCCAAAGCCAAGGCCAUUGCAGGUCUCCUGGCAGCCACCUGUGUCUGCAGCAUCGUUGCCCUCAUUCUGAGUGUCGUGAACGUGAAGGAUGUGCUUCUCCCCCCCAGCACCAAGUACGGUCUGGUGUUCGACGCUGGCUCCACACACACGUCCCUCUACAUCUACCGGUGGCCCGCGGACAAGGAGAACGGUACCGGCAUUGUGUCCCAGGUGGAGGCCUGUUCUGUGUCUGGACCUGGCAUCUCCAGCUAUGCGGACGACCCUGCGGGGGCUGGCGCCAGCCUGAAGCCYUGCCUGGACAAGGCCAUGGAGAUCGUCCCGGCCGAGCAGCARCGGGAGACGCCCACGUACCUGGGGGCCACGGCCGGCAUGCGGCUGCUGAGGAAGGAGAACAGCACCAAGGCUGAGCGGGUCUUUGCCGAGGUGUCCAAGGCCAUCGGGGAGUACCCCGUGGAUUUCCGYGGCGCUCGGAUCCUGACGGGCAGCGAGGAGGGCUCCUUUGGCUGGAUCACUGUCAACUACCUGCUGGGGACACUCGUCAAGUUCUCCUUUGCAGGAAUUUGGGAACAKCCCCAGGACACCGAGAUUCUGGGGGCUCUGGACCUGGGCGGUGCCUCGACACAAAUCACCUUCCAGCCCGGGGUGGCCGUGGAGGACAGGAACACGUCCGUGUUCUUCCGGCUCUACGGCACCAACUACUCCCUGUACAGCCACAGCUACCUGUGCUACGGGCAGAGCCAGGCCUUGAAGAUGCUGCUGGCAGCUCUGCACCAGGCCAGCCGGAGUGCCCAGUUCUCCCACCCCUGCUACCCCCGUGGSUACCAGGAGAACGUCACUGUGGCAGAGCUCUAUGACAGCCCCUGUGUGCGUGCGCCCAGCUCGGCCAGCCCUGAGCGYGUCCUGACGGUGACGGGGACAGGGGAGCCAGCCGCGUGUGGCACGGCCGUCCGGACACUCUUCAACUUCAGCUGCGGGGCGCAGUGGCCGUGCGGCUUCAACGGGGUCUAUCAGCCCCCCGUCAGGGGACAGUUCUUCGCCUUUGCUGGGUUCUACUACACCUUCCACUUCCUGAACCUGACCCRCCAGCAGUCUCUGAGCGAUGUCAACUCCACCGUCCUGUCCUUCUGCAGGAGGAACUGGACAGAGCUGGUGCAAAGCUUCCCACAGGACAGGAAGUACCUGCACACAUACUGCUCCGUGGCCAUUUACAUCCUGACGCUGCUGCUUGAUGGCUACAAGUUCAAUGAGCACACCUGGAGCAACAUCCACUUCAGCAGGCAGGCAGCAAACACAGACAUCGGCUGGACGCUGGGCUUCAUGCUGAACUUCACCAACAUGAUCCCUGCUGAGGCUCUGCAGCACGUCAAGGGCCACCAGCCCGGCCUGUGGGCAGGGGCAGUCUCCUUCCUUGUGCUGGCUAUCGUGGCAGGCCUGGUGGCCGUUUCCCUGCACUGUUUCUGGAAAAUAAAGUAGCUCCCUCCUGACCAGAGGCAUGCUGCCCACCAAACCAGGCAGGGAAGUGGUGCAGAAGAAGUGGAAAGUGGAGAAGAGUGAGGGCAUUAGACCCAUCUCCAUUKCUCAGGAGAUCUGACUGGGUCAUCUCUGUGAAUGUUGAAGAUGACAAAGGUGUCUUGAUCUCUCUGCAAGAGGAAGACUCCUUUAAUCUGACUGCCAAAAGCUGACUGUGACUUGCUGGCUGGAUGAAGCCAGAAAAAAAACAAACUAGAAAUAAAAUCAGUUUUGUUUUUCAAAUA